AUGAUAAAUAAAAUACAACAACGAAUUACAUCAUUUUAUUUCUUCAUUUUAAUCAUCUUGUUAUUAAUAAUUCAACCUGUUUUUAGUAAUAAAAUAGUUGAUUUAAUUCAUACAAUAAGUAAUAAAACUACUGAUGAUAAUCGAUUAAAAAAUAAUUUAGUAUCAGAAUUUCAUGAUAUUCUACAAGCAAUUCAAAAUCAUUUAUAUAAUACAAGUAUUUCAGUUUGUCAUCCUGAUUUUCAAUUUUAUCGUGAUUCAUGUUAUUUUUUAUCUUCAAAUAAAUCAACAUGGUUAUCAGCAUCAAAUAGUUGUUUGAAAAUACGUAAUUCAUCUUUAGUUACAUUUCAAACUCUUGAUGAACUUGAUUUUGUUGUGGAAAAUUUAUUAAAACCAUUACGUAUUAAUCAAGCAUUUAUUGGUUUAAAUGCAAAUGAUAUUGGUCAAUGGUAUUGGCUUGAUGGACGAACAUUUUGGAAUUCUAUAUUUGGACCUUUAUUUUAUUCUUAUAGACCAGAUACAUCACAUUGUGGAAUAAUUAAACAAAUUAAUCGAACUAAAGUUGGGAUAGAAGGAAGAGAUUGUUUUAAUGAUGAAGAACGAUUUAUUUGUAAAUAUGUUCAAAAUCAUUGUUACGCAAAAAAUGUAUGUGGUCGUGGUGGUGAAUGUAUGAACAUUGGAUUGACAUAUCGAUGUCGAUGUAAUUUUUUAUAUUGUGGUCGAAAAUGUGAUAAAUUAAGUUCAAAAGGCAUUCAAUCAAUAAUUGCUAUGUUUAUUGUUAUUCUAAUGGGUUUAAUUGUAUGUUGUUUGAAAUUUGAUAUUUGUUCAAAAUAUAAAUCAAAGAAAAAAUGUCAUUCAAUUGAUGAUUUAUUUAAUGACAAACAAAUGAUUUUAGAAGGACAUAAGAAAAAGAAAUCCCGUGGUUAA